CACAGGAGAGCAGAGCGGCCCGGUCGCUGGGAUUAUCACCUGUGGAUUAUGAAUCAACUGACAAGCGGUGAAACUUAGCAUGGAUUCCACAAACCUGACACCACUGCUGGGAUUUGGAAUUCUGUGGACCAUCAUCAGUGUAUCAGGGGCCAAGGUUCCUCCAGGGGACAAGGUUCCUCCGGUCGAUGACCUGUCAGUCAGAAUUUUGGACGAAAAUGUGUUGCUGUACUGGAAACAACCGGUUGGAGACCCUUCAAACGUGACCUACAAUGUGCAGCUGGCAAAGUUUGUAAGUGAAUGGAAGAACAUCAGCAGCUGCAGUGGAACCACAAACACACAGUGUGACCUCACUUCGUACAUCGAGGACUACAGAAAAAUCCACAAAGUCCGAGUUCAGACUGUGAAGAACAAGCGCGUGUCCCAGUGGACAAUGAAGAAAGUCACCCUCUACGACAGCAAACUGAGCCCGCCCACCUUCAACGUGUGGACCACCUCCAGCAGCCUCACGCUCUACGUCGUGCCCAAGCCGGUCCUGAGGGAGAUCUUUGCUUUUGGAGUCACCUACACCAUUCACCUGGUUGAAAGAGGACAGGAGGACAAGAACAUCACCGUGUACCUGGAGGACGGGCAGACGGUGAAGACCUUCCCCAAUCUCCAGUGGGGCGUGGAGUACUGCGUCAGCGUGAAGGUGGAGGGCAAGGGCGGCCGCGUGGGGAGCAGCUUCUCCCCUCAACACUGCCAGAGGCUUCCAGAGCAAGAAUGGUUCGUGAUCGCUGUGGCGUCCCUGACCACGGCGGGUGUGUUGAUGCUGGUGAUAGUGACGGUGCUCAUCCUCCUGUGCUACCUCAAACGGCCACGCCAAACUCCAGCUGCCCUGAAAUCUCCUGUGAGCGGCUGGCAGCCCCUCAGCGUCGCAGAAGCAAGAAUCGAAGUGGUGACCGACAAAGGCUGGUUUCUGUCCAGCAACAGGCCGAAGGCAGGCAUCACCCCUGACCUUGAGAGGCGUCCUGCUCAGAAAAGGGAGGGGGAUGAGGAGGAGUUGAGGAGGAAGAGUUUAGACAGUGGGGUUUGCAUGGAGUCCAACUCCUCCGCAGGCAGGAGGAGACAAGAGGACAGUGGCUGUGAAAGUUCCUCCACCAGUGAGAGGAACUUUCCACCGGUUUUCCACCCCCCUGGUGGGACGGACACUGACCCGAGGGGCGGCGGCUUUCACCUGCCGUUCAGCGGACUCACAACUGACGGAAACUAUCGCAGCCAGAAGCCUUCAGCUCACAAAAACACCUUGUUCAAACACGUGGUUCCACACUCACUUCUGCCCAAAGUUGGGUACGGAUCAGAGCCUCACGUGUGCCUCUGCUUCGGAGCGGGGCAGUGCACUCUGUGCCUCAAACAAAGACUUUUGGAAGUGAGCUCCUGCAACCAGCCUGCGGAGAUCACACCGCACUUCUUUCAACCGGACACAAUGCUGGAGGGACGAGCAGAGUUUGGCCAGUCUUUUCCUCUGCUGACGUCUCUGUGCUCACAGAAAGACUUGAAUAUGAACGACGUCUCGCUCUCCAUCUGCGAUGGGCAGAUGACAACGGACUGACAAAGCUUGUUGAUGUGGCUGUUCACAGAAGGAAAUAGAGGAGGCGAACACAGGUGUCAGACAAAGAAACGGUUUGACAGUUACAAGGUUGGGAUUUGUUUUCUCAGGCCUCACACCGCCUACAGUUUUCAGUUCCCGCUUCACGCCGAAGCACCUGAGGGACCCCCGUGGUCGCAAGAAUGUAUUUUUGCUACGAUGCCUUCUUUUGUCAAAUAUUUCUCUCCUUUAUCUUAUUUAUUUAUUUGCUAUUUAUUUUGAGUGUCAGAAACCCCUCAAUGUGAAAUGUGAAAAUAAACACAAAUAAACCCACA